CAAAUAUAUCCAGAAUAGCGACUACUAUACGAUGGGGAUAUCUAUUUAUAUAUCUCUAGUAGCCAUAGCAGUAGCCACAAUUUACUACUAUUUGAAUAGUGCAAAGCUAUUGGAAAUACAGGCACAAUCCAUACAAUUAAAGGAAAAGACAAGUAAAUAUGAACAAGCUGUGAAAGAAGCCCAAGAGUCCAAUAAAAAAUAUCAAGAAUCCUAUGAAUACGUGAAAGCCAUCCAAAAGUCACAAAGAGAGCAAAAUGAAAAACUGAAGAAAUCUGUUGAUGACUUGGUGUCAGCCAGAGAGUCACUUGAAACGGAGAAUGCUACUCUUCAACAGACUACUACUGAUUUGAAAAAUCAACUUCAAGCCUUACAAGAGGAGAUCAAAAGUUUAAAAGGUCAAUUUCAUGAUGAUUCUGAUUACAAAGAUAAAUUAGAAAAGGAAUUCGAGUAUAAAUUAAAUCGAGAAAUCGAGAGGUUUAUUGCUGAAAAGGAUUUGACUAUCUCGAAUCAACAAACUCAAAUUGAAGCUAUUAACAAAAAGUUUGAUGAAGAAAGUGAAAAAUUCAAAGGAGAAGCUUUGAAAUCUGAAAAGUUUAUACACCAAUUACAGGAUGAAAUAAAAUCGUUUGAAAAAUCACUUGCUGUUCAAAAUGAUAAAAUCAUCGAUUUAGAGCUGGAAAACCUUUCAUUAACUGGAGAAAAUGAAAAAUAUAUCAUUCAAGUCAAGAAACGCGAUCUAGAAUUGUUAGAUAAAUCUGCAGAAUAUGAGAAAAAACUUGAAGAAUCUCAAAAGAAGAUUGAUAAAGAAAAGGAAGAAGUCAGUAAGUUGAAUGGUGAUAUUAAAGAUGUUAAAGAAGAUUUACGUAAAUCAAAGGAUCAAAUAGAUCAAUUGAAGAAAGAUUUAAAUGAAAAAGAUACCAUAAUCAAAGAUAAAGAAUCACAAUUAGCAUCCAUCAAUAAUAAUAAUAAUAAAUUGGUAGAAUCUCACAUCAAGGAAUUGAAUUCGAUCAAAAAUGAACAUUCUAAGAAUCUUGAAGCUAAAGACAACGAGUUGGUUAAAUCUAAUACCAAAUAUGCCGAAUUAGAAGAGAAAUUGAAGAAAACCAUUAAAGACCACGAAGCAAUAAUUAAAGAAAAAGAAAGUAUUAUUAAAAGCUUAGAGGAUAAGAUUUCAGUUUUAAAUACAGAGAUUACACAAUUAAAGACUUUCAAUGAAAAUGAACUUUCAAAGGAAAAGUUUGAUGCCAAAAAUAAAGAACUUGAAGAUACAAAGAAAGCAAAACAAUUGGUUGAGGAUGAAUUAUCUGCGUUUAAGCUCGAAAGUAUAAGUAGUACUGAAAAGUUGACUAAAAUACAUGCAGAAAAACUUGCAGAUCUUCUUAAAGCAAAGCAAGAAGUUGAAGAAAAAUCAACUACUGAAAUAAAUCAAUUGCUCACUAAAGUAGAAGAGUUAGAAGAAUCAUUAAAAGUAUCUUCAAGAAAAUACAAAGAAGAAAUUAGAUUUGUUAGAUCUCAAGUUCGUCAAGAAGGUAAUGAUAAGAUCAAUAUGCUUCAAAAUGAGUUAAUUGAAGCACAUAAGAAAUUUAAUGACUUUCAUGCGAAUGUUAAUUCUCUUUCAGCAACAAUUGAUAAACAAGAAUAUCAAGAUAAAUUGGAAGAAAUUGUCGAAUUAAAAGAAGAUAUUAAAGAAUUAAUUGAAAAGAAUGCCAAGUUGGAUGAAUUGAGACUUCAAAAAGAAACUGAAUUAGAGAAUUUGACAAAAGCCAAACAAACCGAGUUAGAAGAAUUAGAGAAACAGAAAAAUUCUGAGAUUUCUGUUUUGAAAGAACAAAUUCAAAACAUCGAAGAAGAGUUGAAUUCUUCAAAGAUCAGAUACACUAAACAAGUUGAUAUAUUGAGUCUGACCAUCAAAUCAUUGAAGGAAAAAUAUGAUGAUGAAUCUAAAGUAGCUCAAGAUUUGAUAAAGAAAAGAGAUGAAGAAUUAGUCAAGAUCAAAAAGGAAUAUGAAACAUCCAAAGAACAAAUAGUCAUCAAAAAUCAAGAAAUCUCCAAGUUAGAAGCUCAAAAUGUUAGCUUCGUUAUCAUGGAGACUGCUAAUAAUGAAACAAUAUCAUCAUUGAAGUCUCAAAUUGAUAAAUUAGUAAAUAAAGAAACCGCGAAGAAUAAGGAAAUAUCUUCGUUAACUACUGCAAUUGAAGAUUCCAAGAAGGAUUUAGAAUUGAAACUGCAAACUUUAAUUGAACUCGAAGAAGAAUUAAUGAGUUAUAAAUCAAAGGAAGAAGAAAAGUCAAAGAUACCUCCAAAAAAUACUGAAGAUCUCAUCAAAAAGGAUAAGGAGAUUGAAUCUUUAAAGGAAGAAAUCAAAAGUUUGAAAGAAGAAAUCAAAGAUAAAAGUUUACAAAUUGAAAAGAUUCAAACCGCUACCAAAGAUAAAGUUAAUGAAUUAUUUAAGCAAAUUAUUCAAAUUAAUGGUAAAAAGAGUGACAAUGAGGGAGAAAUUAAAGAACAAGAAGAACUAUUUAAUGAGUUUUCUAAUAAUAUUGACAGUAUUAAGAACAAAUAUUAUGAUUUUGAAAAGAAAUUAAUUGAUCAAGAAAAGGAAGCUGAAGAAGUAAAGAAUACUUUAAAUCAAGUUAAGCAAGAUUUAAUUAAAGUUAAGACUGAAAAUGAACUGAAGGAUAAAAAGAUUCAUGAUUUAUUUGAAAAGAAAGAAGAAUUAAUUAAAGAAAUUGAAGAGAAAGAUGAAACAAUCUCGAAAUUUGGACAAGUUCAAGAAAUUCUUGAGAAACAAUUACAACAGAAUAGUGAUGGAUUUAGUAAAUUUAAUCAUUUAAAUAUAGAUGAUGAUGAUAAGAAUAAAUCUUCUACAACAUCUCCACCUUCUGAAUUAAGUAUAGACUGAAGUAUAUAUAUAUUGUAUACAUUUAAUAAAUUUAGCAUAGUACAAAUUAUACAAGAAAUCAUAAAUUUCAUUUAA